AUGGUUAUUUGUAUAGGAAUCUUUCCUCUUUCUGAUAGGAGGACAGCGGCGUGUGGCCGUCGCAGUCCAUCUUCCUUUGCGCACACGUAUCGCUUCAAAGACCUGAUCGGAUUACAGUAUCACGUUAGCAUGCACGAGCCACGGAUGAUAAUAGCUCACAUUUUGAUGUGGAUGCUGCUCGCUUCUGUGUUUUCGCUGGCGUAUGGAGUGAGCACAACAACAACAGAUGCGCGGGCUCCCGUUUGCGCUAUUCGCAAGUUCAACAACAGCCCGCUUGAAUUACCGAUAUGUUACCUUGACGGUGAGAGUAAUAGUCGCCCUGAUGACAUUGUAGCGGAGUCUUCCGGGACGACUGUCCAGAACGCUACUUCUACCGCAGCAACCCCGCCGGUACAGACUGCCGCUGCUGAUAGCGAACUCGACUCGGAAUCGCCCCUCGACACGGCCAAUUUCCUGUCCUUUGAGGACUGGAAAAAACAAAACCUCGCCAAGAUCGGCCAGUCGGCUGAUACCGUCGGUAGCAGACAGCGACAGGGUGGCGGAAACCAGGAGCGACGAACUCCUCAGGCGCGAGCUAUCAACAACGCGCUUGAUGCGCUGGGGGACGACGCAGAGAUUGAUUUGGAUUUUGGCGGGUUUGGGACUGAGAAUAAUAAUAAUGCGGAGAAUGGACAGACCGAGUCUUGGGGGAGAAAGGUUGAGGAUAGCAGCAGAACAAGCGAGACCGACAGAACUCAGAAUGCUGGUGGCGACUCGGCUGAAGGAGUCUCGGCAAUGGGCAGGAGAAAGGAUGCUGGGACUACUUGCAAGGAGCGAUUCAACUAUGCUUCCUUUGACUGCGCCGCGACUGUCUUAAAAACAAACCCGGAGUGUUCGGGCUCGUCUUCUGUUCUGAUUGAGAACAAGGAUAGCUACAUGCUAAACGAAUGCCGGGCCAAGAACAAGUUUUUGAUUCUUGAGCUCUGUGACGAUAUCCUGGUGGACACGAUCGUGCUCGCCAAUUACGAAUUUUUCAGUUCUAUAUUCCACACUUUUAGGGUCAGCGUGUCGGACCGAUACCCAGCCAAGUCGGACAAGUGGGAAGACUUGGGCGUGUUUGAGGCGAAAAACACGCGUGCCGUGCAGGCCUUUGCGGUUGCGAACCCGCUUAUUUGGGCGCGGUAUGUGAGGAUUGAGUUUCUCACGCAUUAUGGGAACGAGUUUUAUUGUCCGCUGAGUCUGGUGCGUAUCCAUGGCACGACGAUGCUGGAGGAGUAUAAGAAUGAAGGGGAUAAUCGGGCGGAAGAGGAGAUGGAGGAGGUGUCGGAGCCAGUUGACCCGGCUGUUGUGACUGAAGCAGAACCAUCGCCUGUUGUAUCAUCGCAUCCGGAGAACACUACCACUGUAUUGACGACGCCUGACGAGGUGUUUUUUAACGAAACUAGUCAUCGUGCCCGAAAUAGCCUGGAGGAGGCUGUCUUUAAUCAUUUUCUGGCUGCGACAUGCGCUGCGACCGAGUAUGCGUCUAUGACUGCUUCGGUCACGUCGACUCCAACACAGUCAAGCUCACCGGCAGCUGCUACGACUACGACUACGACUUCUGUAAAAGCUACAGAUACUACAACAACAGCAACUCCUUCAGAACCGACAAUACCCUCUGAGCAGGUCACCGGUCAUGCUGAACAUACAAACAGCAGCCAUGUUGCUACGCCAUCUUCUUCUACCGCACAACAACAAAAUACUACACAGCCAGAAUCCUCGGCAAGCGAUUCCACGACGACAGCGACGACAAGUAGUGCGAAAGAAACCCCUUCUACUUUUGCAGAAGCAACCAAAGUCACCCCAUCAAACCCGCCGUCCCCAAAUCCGACAACGCAAGAGUCUUUUUUCAAAUCCGUCAACAAGCGACUCCAAAUGCUCGAGUCCAACUCAUCUCUUUCCCUGCUGUACAUUGAGGAACAAUCGCAGAUUUUGCGUGACGCAUUCAGCAAAGUCGAAAAGCGGCAACUCACCAAACUCAAUUCGUUCCUGGAAAGUUUGAAUGCAACUGUCAUCGACGAGAUUCGAAAUCUGCAAGAUGUCUACCAGUCGCUACGAACCAUCAUCCUCGACGACUUUGAGACGCAGCAGCGCGAAGUCUCGUCGACGGCUUCGCAGCUAGCCGUGCUCACGGACGAGCUUGUGUUUCAGAAACGCAUGACGGCGAUAUCGAGCAUUCUCAUUAUUCUUCUUUUCGCGCUGAUUCUGAUCCCGCGUGGAGCGUCUGGUGGUGCGGUGGGGAGUAUGAUUGAUUUUCAGAGUAUGAUGGCUUGGUCGCCGCGUCAGCCGUCAUCUCCAAAGACACCGGAAGUGCCUAGUAGCACCGAGUCUGCGACGACGACGCCAAGUUCGGAAUCCGAAGAGGGCACGCAGCGGCGGCGGUCUAUGAACCGCCAUGUCGAUAGCUAUGCCGUCCCAAAUGGACUGCCAAAUGGACUACCAACAGGCCUAUCAACGGAAUCCGUCCCAACCACAUACGCAGAAAAGCAAGCUCGAGCCCGCGCUCUCUCCCAGCUGUCGGACACCGAUAGUGGGGAUUAUUCACCGCCGUGUUCGCAUGAUUUGCUCGCUGAAGGCGGACUCCUCGACGACGCCGCGUAUGAGACAACCCCAACCCUGGAGCCAGGACUCAUGCCUAGACUCAUGAUGAAGCGGCCACCGGUACAGCCUGAGCGGCCGGUGAGCAGUCCACCGGUGCUAACCCGUACCGCCGCCGCCGCCGCCGCUGGCGGGGCUGCUGCUGAGCUGGCGGUGGUUUCUGAUACUGAGAGUGUUACCUCCACAGAGCCGUUUCCACCAUUUCCACAGUGA